AUGGCCCCCAUCACCCUCACUGAGGACCAGCUCCAAAGCUUGCGCUCUCUUCCUGCCAACGACUACACCAUGGCCUCUUCCCAAGCUGCCGCGCCUAACAGCGCCGGCCAGACCCCUGUCACCGCUUCCACCGACGUUUCUCAGACCGAUUACUUCGGCCCUUCCUCUCAGAGCUCCGCGACCAACUCCUCGCGCACCUCCGCCGAGAUCCAGCGCCCUGCCGUCACCAGCGCUCCGGUGAAGCCCAAGGCCGCCAACCCUCUCCCGCCUCUGUCGCGCGACUUCCCCAAGCCCACCGAGGAAAUCGACGUCGCCGAGGCCCUUUCUCGCAAGCCCGGCCGCUGGAGCAUCCAGGGCACCAUCACUGCCAAGAACGCCCGCGUCUUCCCGCCUGUCGACGAGGAGAAGGAGAAGGCCAAGCGCCAGCAGAAUCUCGCCGAUGUCAAGAAGAGCCUGUUUGCCGCCAAGGACUCCCUCAAGGACAUCCCCAUGCCUGCUCCCAAGAACAACUUCUAA